AUGGGCAGCGGCGCUUCGAAGAAGGCCUGGGGACGAAGGUUUCACAUCACAUCAAACGUGCCUGACCCUACCGGGGAGACGUAUCAGCAGAUCUUUCCUGUUUGGACCAUUUCGGUCACGAAGAACCAGAGACAGCUGGCCACAGCAACCAGUGACAACAGGAUCAAUCUCUGGUGCCUUGUUACACAUCAGCUGCUUGCUCCUCUCAUCGGACACGCAGACACGAUUUGGCGCUUGGCCUACUCCCCUGAUGACUUGCUACUGGCAUCCGCGAGUGCUGAUGGCACAGUGCGGCUGUGGGAGAAUUUGCCGAUGCGCGGCCGGGUCCUUCUUGGAGAGAGCGUCUUGCAGGCAUGUCUGGAGCAGUCGUGCCUCACGGCAAACGCUCAGGGAGCAUUGUUCGGAGACGUGAAUGUCAAUGGUUCAACCUCACUUGACAAUGAUGUUGCUGUUUGGAAUCUGCAGAUGGCUACCAGGAGUGGCCCACCGGGACGUGAGCAGACCGAGGAAGAGUUUGUGGCCGCCCAACAGCAAGCGGAGGCAAUGUCCGAGCAGGUGUCGCGGUGCACCAAAGUUGUGGGCUGGUACACUUCAAGUCCCUCGGAAGUUACCGAAGCCGACAUGAGGCUCCAACUCCAAUAUCAAGAGAACUUUGCCGACUACUGCGUCGCCCUCGUCUUUGGCCGGGCUUCGACUGCAACAGGGACAAGGCAGACAGUAACGGCCUUCCGAACUUCCGUGUCUCGAGGAACACUGGUCCUCGUUACCUUAAAGGUCGAAGUCGUUCCGCUGUGUACCCUUGUCGCUCAGGAUUGCUUCUUGCAGCUUUGUUGCCGGCCUACCGUGCAGGCAUUGCGCCAGGUGCUUCUGGACAUGCAGCAAGCAAGGCAUCAGAAGACUGCCGAGCAUAUCUUGAAGGACAAAAUUCAAGUGACCACCGAGUUGCAGCUGCUCUGUGGGCAGUACGAAGGACUCUGUCUGAUGCUGGAGUCGAAGGUCCCUGUGCUGGCGGACUUGCUUUGUGAUGUGCAGCACAACAGCCAGGUGCUGGAAGAGCUUUUUGCAAAGAAAGCGCAAAGAAAUUCUCAG